AUGGCGGGGGCCGCCCCCUCAGCACCGCGCCUCUGGCUCUGCGCGGCCGCGCUCGGCUGGCUGGCGGCGGCCGGGGCCCGCCGGCGAGUUCUUGAAUGCUCUCCUGGUGGACAUCAGAUCCUGCAGAGCCCUUACCGAAGUGUGGAUUUUGAUUCAUCCCACCUCCAGCAAUCAGCUAUUCAGGAUUUAAUCUGUGACCAUUCCCUAACACCAGGAUGGUAUCGCUUCAUGAUUUUUGAUAAGCCUGCUGAGAUGCCAACCAAGUGCGUGGAGAUGAAUCACUGUGGGACUCAAGCCCCUGUCUGGUUGUCUCUGAGGGAGUCAGAAUCCAUGCCUCGGCCUGGUGAGAUCAAACAGUUAACAGCCUGUGCUACAUGGCAGUUUUUCUUCAGCACUUCAAAAGACUGCUGUCUUUUCCGAAUCCCUGUCAGGGUGAGGAACUGUGGAGAUUUCUUUGUUUACUUACUGCAGCCCACCCAAGGAUGCAUGGGGUAUUGUGCAGAAGUUGUUUCAGAUGCAAGGCCACAGACCUGUGAUCCUGAGGGAAUGGAAAUUCAAGGUGUCUGUAGCAGUAACCUGGCUUCUACGUCAUCUCCCUCUGUGUCACCGCCACUUCCAUCUGUUCCUGAAGUUGCAGCAGAGRUGAUCAAAGGCAGCAUCUACCUAAGGUGUACUUUUGGCAUUCCUUUUGCAAACAGCUCUGUUGGAUUCAUUGUAACUUGGUCAAGAYUUUCUCCUGAUGGUAUCAAAGAAGAACUUACACGUGAAACCACAGUUCAUACCUUCUCACUUCUAGAACUAGAUGGGAUAAAUGUCAGACUUGGAGACAGAGUCUACUGUAGCAGUUCUGCUUUUUUCAUGGAGAAGCCARAUGUACAAAGCUCUUCAGUUGAGAGCAAGGAAUUUUUUGCUGGAAUUAAGAUACACCCAGAAACAUACGAUGUAUCAGAAGAUGGGAAGGAAUACAGACURACAAUAGAAAGUAGCAUUCCUAUUCCUUGUCCUGAGUUUACCCAGCUAGAAAGUGACUGCAAAAUCUCACUAGCAUUAUAUAUUGUUGAUGAAGGUAAAGAGCAGUUAGGUUUAAACUUGGCUCUUUCUUCUUGUCAUGUGGAUCUUCUCCAGAAAYCCUGCAAUGAUGGAAUCUGUAGUCAAGCUGUAAUUUAUUUCACUGCUGUGACCGACUUCAUGCAGGAUGGAGACAGAAUUACCAGAAUUGCAGUUGAACCUAUAUCCAGUGGGAAUUUCCUGUGGAAUGGCUAUGUUCCAGAAAGCACACAGAUUACAGUUAAGGAUCUACCCACAGCCUACUGCUACUCAUUUACUGAUCCUCAUAUAAUUACAUUUGAUGGAAGAGUUUAUGACAAUUUUAAAACAGGAACAUUUGUUCUAUAUAAGAGUACAUCUCGAGAUUUUGAAGUUCAUGUUCGCCAGUGGGACUGUGGAAGUCUUCAUUACCCAGCAUCRUGCAACUGUGGUUUUGUUGCUAAGGAAGGAAAUGAUAUAAUUGCAUUUGACAUGUGCAGUGGUCAGCUCCAUGAGUCACAGCCACACUUAUCUGUGAUAAACAGAGACACAACAGGAAGCAAUGUCAGAAUCACUGAAUCCUAUCUGGGAAGAAAAGUAACAGUUUUGUUUUCUUCUGGAGCUUUCGUUCGUGCUGAUGUGAGUGAAUGGGGAAUGAGCAUAACUCUUCGGGCCCCCAGUUCAGAUUACAGACACACAGUGGGACUCUGUGGCACCUUUGAUGGAAGUGCAGAGAAUGACUAUCACACWGCGAGUGGGAUGGAAAUCCCAAACCAUGCUAAUGUUCCCUUYGCUUUCAUUAAGGAAUGGAGAAUUUUACCAGGAGAGAGCUUGUUUGACAAAACCCCGGCUUCUUUAACAUCUUCUAGAAAAAUUGUCUUCUGUGACUGUGCACUUGAAGAUGCCAGAUUUUAUCAACCAGUAAACAAACUGGAGACAAUUACUCAAUCAGAGCUUCCUCUCUCUUGUAAAGAAAGUGAAAAUGGUAGAUUUCUUUCCUUGAUACCAGGACUGGAUGUCACUGCUGAGUAUCUUGGUCCUGUUGAUCUUGUCAGAGGCUUAAAGAAACGUUCAUCUGUACAUGAAAUGGAUUCAUCUACACUUCUGCAAAWGCAGAAUAAUCAAACCAAGCUUCACAAAGCAUCACUAGUAAACUCUGCCRCCUCAGUGGGAAAUAUUGGUACAGAAAGAGAAGGAAACKUAGACAUUAGGAGAAAUUCUCACCAUUACAGUAGAGGGAAGCGCCAAAAUUAUUACGAAUACCAUCCGGUAUUCCUCUUCCAAAGUCUCAGCCAAACAGAUUUAGAGGGAUAUAGCUAUUUUUUCCCAGAGGACCAUGYCACUGACACAGACCAAACAUUCCUUCCUUCUUGGCCAACACCUUCAGGCCUCACUGAAUCUAGUGCUUUGUUCCUGUGCCAGCAGGCAGUAGCUAAUUCCAGCAUAGGAAGGUCCUGUGGUGCCCUCCUUGGCCGGAGAACAGGGGAUGCUGUCGAUAUGUGCAUAAAGGAUUUGCUGCUGAAAGACGACCUCCGUUGGGCAGAAGCUUCCUUAGCUCUUCUGGAGAACGAAUGUGAGAAAAGAAUUUUAGAAGAAAUAUAUUACAACCCACAGGAGCUUGAAGAGUCGGUUGAGAGCCURCUUACUGCUUUGAAGUGUCCCAGUCUCUGCAAUGGGAAUGGGGAAUGCACAGAAUGGGGCUGUGCCUGUUUUCAAGGCUACAGCUCCUAUGACUGCAGCGUGCYAUCGGACCAGGCUCCAGAAAUUACAGAGCUGGAGAAUGGUGGGCUGUGUGAUAUUCGACAGUAUGACUGCACAUCAGUGAGAGCUUUUGGACAUGGCUUCAGGGACUCAUUGAAUCUGAAAUGUGAAAUCAUCAAGCUGCAAUAUAUCGAUAGACAAUGGAUUCCUGGAGAACCUCUAACUAUGCCAGCUGCCUUCCAAGAUGCCAGGACUGUCGACUGCCAGUUACCAAAUGAUGUCCAGCAGUCUGAUGUCAUGGAUGUGGUUGAUGAUAACCCCAUUGCCAGAUGGCAAAUAAAGAUUUCUAAUGAUGGAUUUGUUUAUAGCAACUCUAAAACAAUGAUAUUAUAUGAUGGAGCUUGCCAGGCAUGUGAACCAGAAGAAUCUGGGUUAUGUACAUUAAAGGAGAAAACAUGCAACAUAAAUGGACUCUGUUACGGUGAAGGAGACACAAAUCCAACCAGCCCUUGCCUAGUGUGCAGACCUGACUUAUCAAAAUUAACCUGGUCAGUUGUUGAAAAUAACCRGCCUCCGGUGCUUGAAACUUCUCAGGGUACACUACAGACGUUUUUUGGAGAAGACUUUGUGUAUCAGUUUUUGGCUUCAGAUGCAGAAGGCUCUGCUGUUCAUUUCACAUUGGAUUCUGGUCCAGAAGGUGCCAGUCUUUCCCCAUCAGGUCUCCUUGUGUGGAAAGCUGUGUCAAUGAAUCUGCAUAAAUUAACAUUUUCUUUGACAGAUGACUGCAAUGCAACAACUAAGGUUGAAAUAGAGGUCAGUGUAAAAUCAUGUGAUUGCCUAAAUAAUGGCUCGUGUGUGACAAACAUUAAUUUCCCACCUGGAAGUGGAAGAUAUCUUUGUGUGUGUGUGGCUGGAUUUGAAGGUGAUCUCUGUCAAGUGAAUACUGAUGACUGUAAACUUAACCAGUGUGGUAUUGGCAGAUGUGUGGAUGGAAUAAACAGCUAUUACUGUGAAUGUCCACACGAACUUCAAGGUAAAAAUUGUCAAGAAGAUGUUGAUGAAUGUGCAUCSAAUCCUUGCUUCCCUGGAGUAUUUUGCUUCAAUACUUUUGGUUCUUACUAUUGUGGUCCAUGCCCAAAUAAUCUGCAAGGAGACGGGAAGUCAUGUCAUGAAAGCUUUGAAGACAYUGAUGUUGAAAGAAAGGAUUCCACAGGAGAAGUUGGAGGAAAUAAAGGUUUUCAGCCAUCAUCCUUUGAGAAGGUUUUAAGCACAUCAAGUUAUAUUCCCAGUUCAACAGAUGUCCCAAAGAGAUUUAUUUCUCCAGAAAUGGUCAGUAGCAGCAAGCCACCAGCCUCCACAGCAAAAGCAAUCACUGCCUGGAAGGCACCUGCUUCUCAGAGCAGUGCUUUUGUACAACCUGUGGUUACUGGAAACAUUGCUAAUGCUCUGAGCACCAUCAGUGGUCACAUUGCUGACACAGAAAACAGUUCUUCAGUACAUGCUGUAAUGACUGUGUCUUCAAGCAGCCAUGCUGUAUCAUCUGAGAAGAAAACAAGGGCACAAGCUGAGGCCUCCAGCUAUUUUGAGACCUCCAGCUAUUUUGAGACCAGCAGGCAGACUUCCCCUAGCAGCAGAGCAGGUGUAAGCAAAGGACAUUCUUUCCCAAACAAAGCAUUCAAAGGUGGAAAUGCUCAGAGAGUUCUGCACCUGUUAGCUAARCAUAAACUGAGUCAUUUACCUUUUGCCCUUGCUGAAGCCACCGUCCCACCAAAAAUGCUUCCUGAACAACUGAGUGAAACAGUGAUUCCUAAAGCAGUGACCUGUUCUGAUUUACCCUGUUUUCCUGGCGUAUCCUGUGAGCCAAGUCAGGAUGGAAGCGCCAAGUGUGGUCGUUGUCCUUACGGUUAUUACGGAGAUGGCUUCACUUGCAGAGCAAGGUGUAGACAACCAUGUGGCAAAAAUAUGGAGUGUGUGGCACCCAAUAUUUGUAAAUGCAAGCCUGGUUACRCUGGUUAUAACUGUCUGGCUGCUGUAUGCAGACCUGAUUGCAAGAACCAUGGCAAGUGCACAAAGCCCAACGUCUGUGAGUGUUUGCCAGGAUACAGUGGCUCCACUUGCGAGGAAGCACACUGUAAACCACCGUGUCAAAAUGGAGGCACAUGCUUGGCCAGAAACCUCUGCACCUGCCCGUAUGGUUUUGUGGGACCAAGAUGCGAUACAAUGGUUUGCAGCAGACACUGUGAAAAUGGUGGUGAAUGUCUCACUCCUGACAYCUGCCAGUGUAAACCUGGGUGGUACGGACCUACCUGCAGUACAGCAAUGUGUAAUCCUGUGUGUCUCAAUGGUGGCUCCUGUACUAAGCCAGAUGUUUGCCUGUGUCCACAUGGAUUCUUUGGUGCCCGCUGUCAGAAUGCUGUCUGCAGACCACCUUGUAAGAAUGGUGGUCAUUGCAUGAGAAAUAAUGUCUGCACUUGUCCUGAUGGGUACACAGGCAGAAGAUGUGAAAAAAGUAUCUGUGAGCCAAGGUGUAUGAAUGGAGGCAGAUGUGUAGGCCCAAACGUUUGCUCUUGUCCUUCAGGAUGGAGAGGGAAAAGAUGCAACACUCCAAUCUGUCUUCAGGAAUGUAAGAAUGGUGGGGAGUGUAUUGGACCGAGUACCUGUCACUGUCCCCCACAGUGGGAAGGCAUCCAGUGUCAAACACCUGUGUGCRACCAGAAGUGUCUGUUUGGAGGCAAGUGUGUACUGCCCAACAUGUGUUCUUGUCGUCCAGGUUAUACUGGAGUCCUCUGUGGGAAGAAAAUUCAGGUACAAAGACAUCAUGGUUGAAGAAGUGUGGCAAUUCAGUGGCAACGCUGCAUGGAUGUAUGAGACAUGAAAAUAGCAAAAGGGUUGAAGGCAAUUACAGUGUUCAUUUAAAUGAAAGGAAUAUUCUAAAGCCUUAUUUUAAAAGAUUCGUAUUAGUCACAAAUAUUGUCAAGCUUCAAAACAACCAUCUUGUAGUCAUUAAAAGAUAUAUAUGUUUCUAYAAUUUUUUGCUACCUCAUGCAUAAG